GUCGCGGCAACACGAAAACGUAGGCGCGACUGAACGUCCACCGAAUUCAAUGAAUUCAAAUUCACAGAAUACCUCCGUCGAUGUGACAGCACAAGGAACGCUGUAUUUCGUUACGUAGGAGAGUAUAUCUUUAUCUCUCUCUCCACCUAUCUUACCUGCAUCCCCUACUCUCCGCGCCGAGCCAAUGAGGGACCGUUUCUUUGACGGCUUCAAGCUCCCGGGUGAGUUGAUGUUGAUCUUUUUACUUUUUAAUUCACUUUGGAACACAAGUUGAGCGAGAGAGGGACGUAGCCGAGCUUUUCAGAUCUGCUCUCGCCGUGUUCGAUACAUGUUCAUCAUCGAGCGUUAACCCUUCUGUGCGUGCUUCUGUGUUCUUUUCGGAUUUUCCUACAGUAACUCUCCAGUUUUAUGUGAUACUGAAGUGCCUCGAAUCUGUGAUGUUGGACAUAGUGAUGGAUUAUAUCCUGCUUCAUCUCAGUAGCUGAUCCAGAAAUGCAGGGCGUAGUAUUUAUGCACCAACAAGGUUCACCACCUCCAAAUAAUACUUCAGACAUGGAAGUAUCGCAUAGUCCAAUGAACUACUCAACCAAAGAAAAGACAGACCAAAGCAACCACGACUCGGGCGUCUUCUCGACGACCAACAACUCAAUCUACGAAACCACGGAGAACCACAGCCGCACCACCCAGUCGGAAAACUGCCCCUCCGAGAAUGGAAGCGACUGCGGCUCCAACGACAAAUUCUCCUGUCCCAUAUGCGCGACAGUUCUAACCUCCCAACACGAGUUCACGUUGCACAUCAAAUCCCACAACAGCGACAACGAAACGUGGCAAGACGACAAGGGCUACACCUGCAGGAUCUGCUUCAAGGUCCUCAGCUCCAGCUCCAGCCUGGACAGGCACGUCCUGGUGCACAGCGGCGAGAGACCCUUCCAUUGCAAAUACUGCGGCGACACCUUCACCACCAACGGCAACAUGCACAGACACAUGCGCGCCCACUCGGUGAAGAACAAGAGCUACGAGUCGGACGGCAGCACCGACAGCAGCGCCAGCAACACCGAGUACAACAACAACAGGGUGAAAUCCAAACUGGUCAGGAAACGGAAGCUGGAACAAGACGACGAUGAGCUAAUCUGCACCAAGAGAACCUUCUCCGGUGACGUUCCCAGGACCUACAGAUGCCCGGUUUGCGAAAGAAACGACUUCGACUCUGUGUCCGUGCUGGAGACCCACAUGGAAGACAACCACCCCGAUUACCCCGCCAAGUGUCACCAGUGCAACAACGUGUUCUCCAACCAGAAACAGCUGGAGGUCCAUCGGGCGGCCACUCACGACAACGUGAACCCCAAACAUUCCGUCGUCGGUUUCAAAGAUCUAACUUUCGUGGACUUCUCCAGCGAGAAGUUUCCCCACAUAGCUCGUUACGAGUGCGAGAAGAACCUCCACAAGGGGUCGGGUAGCCUCAAGUUCCAGUGUAAGAAAUGCAACCGUUUCUUCCCUUGCUCCAGUUCGCUGGAAUACCACGAGAAAGACUGCAAGGAAAGCGUGACCGGUCUGGACCUGUCCUCGCAAAAAUUGACGGAAGUGGAAGUCAGAAGAAACGACUUCUUCUCCCGCUUGAAUCUCCAAGAUGUAUCGCCUGAAAAACAUAUCACUAACAAGAACGAAAACUGCGUAAAGACCGAGUAUAAACUGAUGCCGGAUAACAACAAAGAUCUGGCUGAUAUACAGACCAUAAUAUCCAUGACGACUAGUGGCAGUCUGUUGCAACAGCUCCAACACAAGACGAACGAAAUGACCAACAGCCUGCAAAAGUCGCACCCGGACAUACAGCAGCAAGAAUCCUCGAAGAACGAAGAGGAGGAAACUCAAGAUGCCUUCGCCGUUGAGUUUCGAAAGAUGAAGUUGAAAGGGGAGUUCCCUUGCAGGUUAUGCACUGCCAUUUUCCCGAACUUACGAGCUUUAAAGGGUCAUAACAGAGCCCAUCUGAAUGGUAACAACAACGGAUCGUACCGGUGUAACAUGUGCCCACAUUCCUCCGUAGACAAAGCUGCUUUGAUCCGUCACAUGCGAACUCACAACGGUGACAGACCGUACGAAUGCUCCCUGUGCAAUUACGCCUUCACCACCAAGGCGAACUGCGAGCGUCACCUCAGAAACCGACAUGCCAAAACCACGAGGGAGGAGGUGAAGAAGGCCAUCAUUUACCACCCUUCGGAGGACCCGACGAACGACGAAAUGACCAAACUGUCGAACAGGGACGAUUCCAGAAAGAUACACAAUUCUUCCAGCGAGGUUUUCGAUAGCGUUCCGGAUAAGAUACACUGCUCGACUCCGAAAUUCGAGAGCAGACCCGAACUGAAACACAUCGCUACCCCCGAACGCAACCCUUUACUUUCCAACUUGCAAUCGUUGAAGGAGAGUCUGAUGGGUAAAGAACCCUUACAGUUGUUCCCGAACAUCAACGAUGUCAUACGUAACGAGAAUCUGAAGACGCUGAAGGAGUACAGAAACGGCACCAUUCCAGUUCCUCCAUACUUGCCACCUUACGGCUUUCAACCUAAACUGAACAACGUUCCGACUCCUCCUACCCCUGGUAAAAUCCAGGUGAAAGAUCUGAGCGCUUUGAAGAUGAACCCUUACGAUAACAACUCGGACGAAGAAGAUUACGAUGACGACGAGGAAUCCAUCGAUGUUGUGCUGGAUUUGAGCAAGAAGAAACCAACAGUGGAAGAUGCUAAACCAGUCGAAGAUACCCCUCAAGAUUUAUCGGUUAAAUCUUCACCACCGCCUUCUCAAGUUGCCCCACCGAUGGCUGAAAUGCUCCAAGCGAAUCUCCUGAAGAGUCCACCCAAGAUAGACCCGGCAGCCUUCUACGCGCAAUGGGCGUUGCUGAGAAACGGUUUCGCCGGUUUGCCUAGUUGGCCGAGCUUCCCUUUCAAUCCUAUAUUCCUCCAGCAACUCCAGAAUCAAGUGCCAACUGCUGCAACGUCGGAUAUGAAGGAUAGACUGAGGAAUCAGUUGUGCGGUGGUACCGUGAUCGCCGAUAACCGUUUGCAGGCCUUGCAGCAGAUCAGAAACGCCGGUUUGAUACCGAUGGCCAUGAAUAACUUCGGGAAUGACGCAAGGCAAGAGGUGGAGAGUUCAUAUGCGUCCCCGAAAACCACGGAGGAUCUGAGCAGACCGCUGAGUCUAACCAUCGAGCAAAAUAUGAACGAAAGUAUGUCCAAGAUGACCAGUCCGUUACCGCAGGGUAAACCAGAUAUCUUACAGUCCCCAAACUCGGUGAAAAUGGUGAUAAAGAACGGGAUCUUGAUGCCCAAACAGAAGCAGAGGAGGUAUAGGACCGAGAGACCUUUCACCUGCGAGCACUGUUCGGCAAGGUUCACCCUACGUUCAAACAUGGAACGCCACAUCAAACAGCAACACCCCCAAUUCUGGUCGCAACGUCAACGCGGCAACAUCGGAAACCCCGGUAGAAAAUCUCAAGUUUUACCAAUGAAACCAGGUUUCUGCGAUCUGAGCAUCCCCAGCUACGACCUCCAGAAGAAUCAGGGUUACGAGGACAACAAAGAGAUGCUGAGCGACAGGCUUAAAUUCGCCAUCUUAGCUCAGCAUUUGCGGGGGGUUAACAGUUACACCAACGCCAUCAAGAGGGAAGAAGACGAAGAAGACGCUUUGGUCAUCGACGAGAACAGCGAGGAUAAACCGUCCGAUCUUCACGUACCACACGAAGCGUUCCAGAAGGAAGACCAUGAGGAGAUGGAGAAAGAUGAUGAGCACACGACCAAGACUGGUAAAACGGAGGAGAGUCAAGACUUGGUACCCGUGUCUAGGCUGUUGGACAACGCGUCCCAGCAACAGUUCAACGAGUAUUUCAAGAGGGACGUUGAAGAGAAUGGCGCUGGUAGCGAGGAAGACGAAGAAGGGUUGGUGGCGAGUGGGAGUACCAGCGAAGGGAACAUUUCUGGGACUGAUGAGAAUAAAUCUGAAUCGGAAAAUACAGCGCCUGUGAAGAAAAAGUCCGCCUAUUCCCUGGCGCCAAACAGAGUAAGCUGCCCUUAUUGCAGUCGUAAAUUUCCUUGGACAUCUUCCCUACGCCGUCACAUCCUGACCCACACCGGCCAGAAGCCAUUCAAGUGCAGCCACUGCCCCCUGCUCUUCACCACCAAGUCGAAUUGCGACAGACAUCUAUUGAGGAAGCACGGAAACGCCGCCACCACCAUAACCAACGACGUGGUCAACAACAACGCCAACUACCUGAUGAGGAACGUCCCGGAAAGGCCUUUCAAGUGUUCCAACUGUCCCAGUAGUACCUUCUCCACGUACACCAACCUGAAGAAGCACAUCAGUUCGAAACACGCGACCAACGCCCAAGGUGACGACAUCAGGGCUCAGGGGUACGAGGCCGGUAGUUCAGAGGACGAAAAAGUCAACGUUUCCGACAACGUAAACGAGUGGAACAGCCAAAAUCCCCACACGAAAAUGCAAAACCAAGAACCCUUACCGAGUUCCGUGAACGCCGACCAACCGUUCAAAUGCCAUUUGUGCGAAUUUUCCUUCGGGGAACGCCAAGAAGCGUUGGACCACAUUAAGGACAAGCACGCCUCCGAAUACGACCUGCUGAUGUCCAAGAACGCUCUAGACAGCAGCGCCACGACCCCAGAAGAAAGCGCCCACAACGACGAAGAAGACGGCGAGAUCAGGGGAAAAUUUCCCGACUAUUCCAACAGAAAAGUCAUCUGCGCAUUUUGCAUGCGUCGAUUCUGGUCGGCGGAAGAUCUGAGGAGACACAUGAGGACCCACACCGGCGAACGACCGUUCAUGUGCGACAUCUGCCGACGGAGAUUCACACUGAAGCACAGUAUGCUGCGCCACAGGAAAAAGCAUAACGUGAACUUCGAUAACGACGGCGCGAUCAACAGCGACGAUGACGGAAACGGGGUUUCCCCGAAAUACGAGAAUGGAAGCAACAAGAGAGCUGAAGAUUCCGACGGUGGAAACGAAGGGGGAGAUCUCAUCAGUAACCUACUCGGAAUCCGUCCGUCUUUCAUCGAUAAAGUGCUGACGGCGUCGGCAGAUGACGCUGCUAAGCUUCUAGGAGUUAGGAAUGGAGUGAAGGAGUAGUUUCCUUUUUUGGACUUUGUACAACACCAUCUAUGUGAGUUGUGUUACAUUUUAUCGCACAAAUUAUCCGGAAUAGAUAUGAAUAUUUAAUGGAAACUAUUUGUAGGACGUAGAACUGGGUAAAUUUAACACACUUUCGGUUUUUAAAGGUAAAGUGUAAAUAAAUCGAGAUUUUAUUUAUUGUUUUCAAUUUGUAACAUUGUUUCGAUAGUAUCUAUCUGUGAAUAUGAAUUUUAUUUAAUUCUUGUCUGUUAAAAUCAUUUCUAGUCACCAUAAAAUUAUUUUUAUUUUAAUUGAGCUAAGAAAACUUGUAAAUUGAUAUAAAUGGAAUGAGUAUAGACUAGUUAAUACUUGUAGAAAUAUUAUUAUUUUAUCGUAUAUAUGGUAUUAUACCAAUAGGAAUAUCUAACCGAAUUUUGUAAAUAAACUAACGUAAUACGGUCUAGAAAACCAAAGUUCAAACGCGAAUGGGUAAUUCGAAAAAAAAGAUCUUGGAUCAACGAAUGUGUAAAAGUCCCCAUUUUCAAAAUCUUUUAGAUUUAAUAUCUAAAAAAUGUACAGGAAAGCAAUAUAAUUGUUUAUAUUUAAUAGUAAGUGCACUGGAAUUGUUAAAGAGUGUAGUGUUUUCGCUUUAAUGAAAUGGAACAUAAAUCAAAAUUUCUGCAAGCAAGUUGUAGUUUGCUGUGAACGUCAAUGUAGUUUUUAAUAUGUAAAUCACUUAGUUUUUGUUGAUUAUUGUUGCACGUUUUAUAAUUUAAUUAUUCACAUUCACGCUGUGUCUUAUAAAGUACUUGAGGCUUUCGAUGCAAUCUGUAAAUGUAAAAAAUCCUCUUUGUUGAGGAAUGGGGAUUGGAUCGUCUAAGCUAUUAGCAAUUUCGAAGCAAUCUAGAUAUUGAGGAAGUAAUUCGAAUUAUUUAUAUAAGGUGGUUUUAUUACGUAUAUGUUAUUUUGUUAGUUGAACUUUAAACUUAUGCCAUAUUCGAAUAGACGAAAAUUAUAAGGUUUAUGUACAAUGAUGUUAUUGCAUUCCAUAAAAUAUGUAUUUAUUUGAAAUUUAUUUUAAUAAAUUAUGGAUCCAUCUA